CGUCGAAGUGCGGCGCGCGGGAGCGGCGUCACGUGACGGCGCGGCGCGAAGGUCACGCGGCGCGCUGGGAAGAUGGCGGCGGCGGGAGCCGGCGGGUGCCGGAAAUGUCUCAUCAGUGGCAUAUGGCUUAUGUCCAGAAGAUACCCAGUUCCUGCAGUCCACAGAGAUGCAGUUUAUAGAAUGAGCAGGCCUGUCCUAGAGAUCCACCAGUCUAGAUGCUACUCUUCUGGAGGAAGAAAGGGGUUUAUAUCAGGUUUUGUGGAGAACAUCAAACAGGAAUUAGCAAAAAACAAGGAGAUGAAAGAAAGCAUUAAAAAAUUCCGAGAUGAAGCUAAAAAGCUAGAAGAAUCUGAUGCACUUCGAGAAGCAAGGAGAAAAUACAAAACCAUUGAAUCUGAAACAGUGAAGACCUCAGAAGUGAUUAAAAAGAAACUUGAAGAAAUAACUGGUACAGUUAAAGAGAGUUUGGAUGAAGUAAGUAAGAGUGAUAUUGGCCGAAAGAUAAAGGAGGGUGUGGAAGAAGCAGCAAAAACAGCAAAGCAAUCUGCAGAGUCGGUGACAAAAGGAGGAGAGAAACUAGGCAAGACAGCAGCCUUCAAAGCUAUUUCUCAGGGAGUAGAAACCGUUAAGAAGGAAAUAGAUGAAAGUGUUUUAGGGCAGACUGGUCCUUACAAACGUCCGGAACGGCUACGAAAAAGAACAGAAUUCUCAGGCGAGAGGAUUAAAGAGGAGCGAAUAUUUGAAGCCAAUGAGGAGGCCAUGGGUGUGGUGCUGCAUAAAGACUCAAAAUGGUAUCAGCAGUGGAAAGAUUUCAAGGACAACAAUGUGGUCUUCAAUAGGUUCUUUGAAAUGAAAAUGAAGUAUGAUGAAAGUGAUAAUGCAUUCAUUCGAGCUUCCAGAGCUGUCACAGACAAAGUCACCGACUUAAUAGGUGGAUUGUUCUCAAAGACGGAAAUGUCUGAAGUUUUGACAGAGAUACUCAAAGUCGAUCCAUCGUUUGACAAAGAUCGUUUUUUAAAGCAAUGCGAGUUUGAUAUAAUCCCCAAUGUCUUGGAGGCUAUGAUAUCUGGAGAGCUCGAUAUCCUCAAAGACUGGUGCUAUGAAGCAACUUACAGUCAGCUUGCUCAUCCAAUCCAGCAAGCCAGAGCCAUGGGUCUGCAGUUCCACUCCAGGAUUCUUGACAUUGACAACAUUGAUCUGGCUAUGGGGAAGAUGAUGGAGCAGGGACCAGUAUUAAUCAUCACUUUUCAGGCUCAGGUCGUGAUGGUGAUUAAGAACCAGCAAGGGGAAGUGGUGGAAGGUGAUCCAGACAAGGUUCUGCGGAUGCUGUACGUGUGGGCUCUCUGCAGAGACCAAGACGAACUUAACCCGUACGCUGCUUGGAGGUUAUUGGACAUUUCCUCAUCGAGCACUGAGCAGGUUCUCUGAGGGGAACGGCAUCCAAGGAUUUCCUGGACCUCUCUCAAAUCAAUGCCAUCGCUGAACUCGCACCGAUCUGCUGGAUGAUGAACUGUUGGCAAGAGAGGCUGGACUGGUUCCUUUUCAGAAGAUCAAGCUAUUCGGUGUGCCCUUAUUAUACCAAUCCCUAUAAUGAACUGGACAUGUCUGCCUUACGCUUUGCUGUAAGGCUGUAUGGUAGAUUUCAACGUGAAAGGUCUUUAAGACACUAACAGCUGCUGUUGGCUUCUUUUUUAAUUGUGGCUGAAGGAGGCUGUUUUGGGCCCUCUCUUUCCCAGUGCUCUCAGUGAUGGACAGAGGGUGGGGAUUGGAGAGUGAGAUGUGACAAGUCUAGUUCCCAUCUGCUGUCAUCCUCUGGUGGCUUCGAAGCAUCCCUGAAAAGGUCUUAGAGGGGCUUUUGAAGGGUGUUGGUCUUCACUAACGUACAUCCCUUGUACAAAGUUGCACCAAUAAGCCUUCUGUUGCUGCAGUGACCUGCACUUUGCUAAACCAAAUACCACCAGGACUUUGCACGUGACGCUUAACUGGGGUGGAGCAGAGUCAGGAUGGAGGUGUUGGCAUCAUCAGGCUGAUUCUUCAGGCUGGUUGCAGGCGCGGAGUUGGCUUCCAGUGAUAAUAUUUAUAUAUCCACAGCUUUGCAGGGGGAACGCGAUUCUUUUGGUGUUCUCUUGUGUCAGCUGGUACCGCUAAAGAGCUCACAACUGCGUUUCUCCAUUGGGUUAAGCUGAUGGCAUGGAGGAAACGGGCUGUAACUGCCUACAAUGAAGUGAGAACAGAGCAGCGGUCAGGAGUGUCAGGGAUGGACAGACUAGCAACAAGUGAGUAAAUAAAUUACAAUAACAGGUAGAACAUCAUCUUUCACAGGUUUUUAUUGGAUGGGGUGUGGGAGGAGCGCCUGUGCCAAGCAGUGCCGCCUCUGCGGUGUUCACUGGGGCUGCGAGGUUUUCCUCUUGAGCCCCAACAUGGAGUUGCAACCCGAAGCAGGAGGCAGAACGUGCCUCGCCGGGGUGGCGGCUGCUCCGGCGGCGACUCCUUCGCUGUCAUGGGAAGGAGGAAUGUGUGGGUAGUGAGCCCGUGGCAGACGCACUCGCAGGAGUUAUGUGCAGUUAAUUAAUAAACAGCGGCUUUUUCCUUUGCAGCCGUGGCUGCGCUGCUGUCCCUUUGCAC